UUUUCCCGUAAAAAAAAUCUUCAAGGAGACCUCUGCGGCUAGUAGUUGAGCUUUUUCUGGGUAAAUCAAAUCAAUAAUCAUUUCUGUUUAGAUAAUAACAAUAAAUUAAAAAAUAUAAAAGGAAACCCAAAACCUUGCUAUAAAUAGAUCUCCUGUGACUGUACUACACAGAAGACGAAACUCUGAAACUUGAGCCAGCUGAAUUGAAUACUCUCAUCUACAGAGAAGAAGAAGAAGAAGAAAAUGGCAAGAGUGAUCAAAGUAUCACAAGAUGGGAGUGGAGAUUACAAAACAGUACAAGAAGCAGUAGAUUGUAUUCCAUUAAGAAAUGCAGCUAGAAUCAUCAUCCAGAUAUCACCUGGUAUUUACAAACAACCAAUUUACAUACCAAAAACCAAAAAUUUCAUCACUUUUUCAUCCUCCCACCCUGAAGAUACAAUUCUUACUUGUGACAACACUGCUACCAAAAUUAACCAUCAUCAGGGUUCAAGGUUGAUUGGAACUGGAACGUUUGGGUGUGGUAGUGUAAUUGUUGAAGGUGAAGAUUUCAUUGCUGAGAAUGUUACCUUUGAGAAUAAUGCUCCUCAGGGUUCAGGACAAGCUGUAGCUCUUAGAGUGACUGCUGAACGGUGUGCUUUCUACAAUUGUAGAUUUCUGGGAUGGCAGGAUACCUUGUAUUUACAUUAUGGAAAACACUACUUGAAAGAUUGCUACAUUGAAGGAAGUGUGGACUUCAUCUUUGGCAACAGCACUGCUCUUUUAGAACAUUGCCAUAUUCACUGCAAGGCGCAAGGAUUUAUUACAGCACAGGGUAGGAAAUCUGCUGACGAACCCACAGGUUACGUGUUCCUCAGAUGUACAAUUACUGGGAAUGGAGGAAAUUCAUAUGCAUAUCUUGGGCGACCAUGGGGACCUUUUGGAAGGGUGGUCUUCGCAUACACGUAUAUUGAUGCAUGUAUCAAGAAUGAAGGCUGGCAUAACUGGGGAAAAUGUGAAAACGAAAGAAGCGCUUGUUUCUACGAGUACAGGUGUUUCGGGCCUGGUUGUUGCCCCUCUAAGCGGGUGAAUUGGGCUCGUGAAUUGAUGAAAGAAGAGGCGCAACAGUUCCUGAUGCAUCAAUUUGUUGAUCCCAGUUGGGAAAAGCCAUGGAUGGCCCAAAAGAUGGGACUGAAGAUACCCUAUUCUGCAUGAUGGCCACUUCUUACCAGGAGCUGCCAAGAAGAUGUCUAUCUCGACAAUGUCGAUGGAGUUUUUCAAUAAUGUCAAAUAUCAAUGAAGUCAUAAACUAGUGAAAUAAGAAAGACUUAGCUGGUUGUAUAAAGCUAAUGUCCCAACUGCUUGCAACUCCUACUUUCAUGUACUCCGCGUUCCCAUUAUUCUACGGGUUGAUAUGGAUUCAAUCUACUCUGCCUCUGUCUCCCUCUCUUGACUUUGUUAAGACCUGGAAGUUACCAAUUUGGUAAACAAGCUCUGCUAAAUUUGGGGCAUCAGCUACAUUUGCAGGGUACAACUAAAGGCUGCUAUGUCCAGAAUACGCCUGUUUCCCAUUCUGAAUCCGGUUUCCAAAAUACAGAUACAGACUUGCUAAAAGUGAUCUGUAUAUAAAGACUAUAGCAAAAGCUAGGCCAAUACAUAUUUUUUUUUCAACAGUAUAUAAGGAGAUUGAGAGCUAGCUUAGCUUAGGAUUAAAGAAGAAGCAGAGAAGAGAUUCUACAUACUGAAAAGAGGCAAUCAUGACACAAGUAUUCCAUCGGAAACAAGAAACCAAUAUAGAUUUUUCAGAAGCAAGGCUUGAAGCUGCCGUCGAGAAGAUGUGUGCUGGGUACCAAAGCAUAA